ACGCGCCUCCGCCUCCACGUUCUGGGUCUGUGUCCCUGGGCGCGGGGCUCCCGGGCCUCCCGCGGCACCGGCCGUGUACUGUGCGGCCGCCCUGGCACUGGGGGACCGGGUCGCGGGGUCGUCUCCGCGCCUCCGGGGGUCCUCUUCAAGACCUGAAUCAACUCCUUCUGGGAGGAGAUCAUGAUUUAUUUACUAAAGGCCGAAUGCUCUCCUUAGUCAAGCUCAGUGAAGCUGCCAGAGACCAGAGUUGGCAUUUGCUGGGUGUUCCCCAUGCCUGAAGCUCUGCUAAGCGCUUUCAUCCAUGAUAUUUAACCCUUCACAGCCUGCUUGUGAGGGUCUGAAGGGAAAAGAGUCCGCCAGAGUCUAAGGGGUGUCGGCGUGUGUGACGCGCCCCACCAGCAAGUGGGUCAGAUCUUAUUCUGCCCAUCCCCAUCUUGAGAGACAGCUGGGGAGAGUCUGGAAAAUGAAGUUCAUCCCACAUCUUUCUGGAGUGUGAAGCAUGCAUCAGGACCCUGGCUGGAAGCUGGAGGGGCUAGGACAAGAGGGCACAACUGCUCAGCGUGCUUCUCAGCUCUGAGACAGAAAAUGUCUGCAGACCGGGGAGGAGUUGCGACUGCCCAGGAUAAGGAGAAAGCCCCAGAGGCUCCCCAUUACCGGCGCCCUUGUCGAGAGAUGUUCUCCCAGUCAGAGGGAUCUGGGCCUCUGGAAGCUGCCCAGGAGUCACCGAACAUCAAGCUGGAGCCAGAAGACCCCUAUGCUGAGGGGGCAUCACAGGAGGAAGGGACUCCCGGCUGCCAUGAGUGGCCGCCCCUGAGCCGCAGCCCCAGGGAGAAAGCUCUUUUCCUGCCUGGCAGAGGUGAAGAGAAGGACGUGGUGGGAGGGAGGCCGCGGUGUGGAGGUGGUGGCUCGUGCCAGGCCCUCCUCGGCCCCCAGGUCCCCGCGCUCCCCAGGGAGGGCAGAGCCCAAGACCGGCAGAUGGCCGCGGCGCUCCUCACUGCCUGGUCCCAGAUGCCAGUAACCUUCGAGGACGUGGCUCUGUACCUCUCCCGGGAGGAGUGGGGACGGCUGGACCACGCGCAGCAGAGCUUCUGUGGGGAUGUCCUGCAGAAGGGAAAGUGUCUGUCCUUGGGCUUCCCCUUCAGCAGAGCUUUCUGGGCCUCCCAAGCACAGGAGAAGGGCGAGGCCUUGCGUGUGCACCAGCAGGCGGGAGAGGAGGAGGAGACGGGCACGUGCACAGGUGCUGUCGAGGUGGGGAAGGCACCGACCCCAACCCCGGUGGCCUUUGGGGACUUGAAGCCCUUCCGAACCAGGGAAGGAAGAGCCCAGGGGGGUGUCCUGCCUUGUGGGCAGCCGGCGGCCAGUGGCCAGAGCCUGGGGCAUGCCAAGGACCACCCACAGCCCGGCCACCCAGAAACCAGCCCCCCAGCCCAGAAACCAGCCCUGCUCGACUCCGAUCCUCAGAAAAGCCCGGAGGGCCGUGUCUCCGAGCAACUUGACGAGGAGGAGAGAGGGCCCACGGAGAGUGGCGAGGAGGGCCUGGCUGCUGAGGGCGACGCUGGCAAGAAGACCUACCCGUGCGAGCAGUGCGGCAAGGCCUUCAGCUGGCACUCGCACCUGGUGACGCACCGGCGCACGCACACGGGUGAGAAGCCCUACGCCUGCACGGACUGCGGCAAGCGCUUCGGCCGCAGCUCCCACCUCAUCCAGCACCAGAUCAUCCACACGGGCGAGAAGCCCUACACCUGCCCCUCCUGCUGGAAGAGCUUCAGCCACCACUCGACGCUGAUCCAGCACCAGCGCAUCCACACGGGCGAGAAGCCCUACGUGUGUGAGCGCUGCGCCAAGCGCUUCACCCGCCGCUCGGACCUGGUCACCCACCAGGGCACCCACACGGGCGCCAAGCCCCACAAGUGCCCCAUCUGCAGCAAGUGCUUCACGCAGAGCUCGGCCCUGGUCACCCACCAGCGCACCCACACCGGGGUCAAGCCCUACCCCUGCCCCGAGUGCGGCAAGUGCUUCAGCCAGCGCUCCAACCUCAUCGCCCACAACCGCACCCACACCGGCGAGAAGCCCUACCACUGCCUCGACUGUGGCAAGAGCUUCAGCCACAGCUCGCACCUCACCGCCCACCAGCGCACCCACCGCGGCGUCCGGCCCUACUCCUGCCCCCUGUGCGGCAAGAGCUUCAGCCGCCGCUCCAACCUGCACCGGCACGAGAAGAUCCACACCACGGGGCCCAAGGCGCUGGCCAUGCUCAUGCUAGGCGCGGCUGGGGCGCUGGCUGCUCCGCCCCCUGCCCCCACCUAGGUGGCCCGGAGCGGGGCCAGCACCCAGGGCAGCUGUCGUGGCCCCGUGGGGGGCGAAGGCUCCGGGGAAGGAGCCGGGGCCGUGGCGCAGGGCGAGGAGGGCGUGGGAAGGCGGGGGGAGGUGGUGGCAUGGGGUGACUUGGGAGCUGCGGGGCCAGGAGGAGCCGGCAGUCCAGCUGCAGAUUAAAGAUCUUGGGAUUCAAGCAGUGGCCCGUGGCUCUGUGUCACGGGGCCCCGUAGCUGACCCCAUGGCCUCCCUCGGGCACCCUCAGCCUUCGAUCUCGGGGCUGCCCUGUGUUGGGGACCCUUUGUCCAUAGGCCCAGUCCCAAGCGUGGGGAUCAGGGCCCUACAGGCUUCCGAGGACAGAGGCCUCCAGGCCGAGGCCGACUGGGCAUUUCUGAGGCUGUGGACCCUGGCAGGGCCUCCUGGUGCUGCCCUCAGCCUUGUCCCACGGACACUGCCCAUUGGGCCCUGGGCUCUCCCUUGGUUCUUCUCUUUGGGUCCCAGGGCCGAGCUCAGUUUGAAGCACAGGCUCAGUGUCUCCUGCCUGUUCCGCCUCCUUCCACCGGGGGCCCAGCCUUGACCCAUGAGGACUCCCCCUUGCCAGGGUCCACUUUCCUGCCUGGGCGCUCAGCAGCUGCCUCGCCUCCUCCCCGUGUCCUCUGUAAUCUGCCCUGCCUGCCCCUGCUGUACUCCUGGUCAUCCCCAGUGUUACAGCGCCGUAGCGGCCAUUUCCCAGGGAGGGGUGGGCCCAGCAGGUCUGUUAGCCCGGAUUUGCAGCUCAGCUCCCCAGGUAACUUGGAGCUCUGACACCUGCUGACCUGGAGAAGGCCUGCGUCAGAGAGGCCAUCGAGAGCCCCGCUGUCUCUGUGACUCACCACGCAGCCCUGGCCGGCUCCCGGCUCCUGGGGACGCAGGCCUUGAGCUGGACAGCCUGCUGAGGGUGGGGACAGCGGCCAGUUGUUGAACAGCUGCUUGGCGCAGGUGAAGGGCUAUGCACUGUCUCUCUGUCACCUCUACUCUCCACAGCAGUCGGAGCGGGGCGUCUAUUAUCCCAGUUUUAUGGAUAAGGAAACUGAGGCUGAGAGAGAAAUCCAGUAAUUUGCCAAGAGACCUUCAGCUACAGCACUGGAAGCCAAGAUUUGGUUCGAGGACUGCUGUUAGUCUUGUAAGGGACUCCCCUAUUUCCAUGCCCCUGAAUGGCUAUUGUACCCCAGAUGCGUGAUGCUGAAGGGCAGGCUUGUCUAAAAGAGUGAAGCGAACAAUAGUCUUGCCCUUCGGGAUCUUGGGCUCAGCUGGGAUGUGGGGGGCCUGCUGAGGGCGGGAACCCAGGCAAGACCCAGUGGUGGCUGGGAGUCUCAGAUCUGGUAAGGGAGCUGGCAGGAUGGCUGAAUUCAGUGGUUAUUUCUUGAAGAGGUCAGAAAGAAAGUUUCUUCACUUGUUUUUCUGGCUCCAGUCACUCGGCCAGAAACGGGAUUUCUCUGCUCAGCUUUGCGUAAGGGGCUGAGGGGGCUCACGUUGAAACAGGCGUGCUGCUCUCAGAGAGCUUGUUUCUGAGAGGAGAGCAGCGGAGGUGGGAAGGAGACUUGCUACAAUGACUCCGGAAGCUGUUGUCACUUGGUAGGCCAGCUGUGCACGGAGUAUUCACUUGCACAGUGGGGACUGCUGGCUUUGAUUUCAGAGGCAUUUUGGGAUUCCCUCCCUGGUCGGUUCUGUGGGCUGCACUGGCCAGGACAUCAGGACCGGGACUGCUAGGGGUCUGCUGCAGAGGUAAGGACUUCGCUCGGCCUCAGGGAACUGAGACCACACUCUCCAGGAGACAGAUCUCCCUCUUUCCCGAGGUGUGCAGAGGGACGUGAUCCCAAGCGCCCUUUGGGGAGUGCCUGCAGAUUCCCCUCGGGGGUCACUCUCUGGGUCUCUGUCCACUUCUUCCUAGAGAUCCAAGAAGCCAUCAUUCUGGGACAGAUGUGAGGAGAGCAUCCUCUGAGUGGAACUUGGCAGUUUAGAAAAUAUUUGACAAGAGCAAGAAAGACUGGGGUUAGCGGUCCGUGUGUGAAGGGCCUCGAAGGCGACGGCUAUCCACUGUGCGUGGCUGGCGGGGCGUCCCUGAGGUAGGAGGCUGGCGGGGAGGUGCAGAGGAGGGUCCUGGGUUCUCUGCGUGGAGGGACAGGAGGCUUGGGGUCGGCCCGGUUCCUCCUCACUCACACCUGAGAUCCCCGCUUCCCAGCCGCUGGAGAAGCCGGCCCGGUCGGCUCACCCUUAACCUAUGCUGCUGGGAGUAGGGUGAGGGCUUCCACCACCUUUCCCGGCGGGGCCCUGCAUCCCCGGCUAAACGGAAAGGGCGCGGCGCGCCCCAGAUCGGCCUCGGCGGGCCCAGACUCCGGCCGGGGGCGUGGCCUCCUCCGGUGCCCGGGGCGGCUCCUCCCUGCGGCCCGCCCCUCUCGGCGGUCGGCCUGGACCGGAGGACGUUAAUUCGCCAGGUUCCGGAAGGCCCCGCCCUUCCCGCGCUGUCCUUAGCCAAUCAGCUGAAGGGGCGGGCACCAGCAAAACUGGCCAGUCACUGUAGCCGUUCGUUCCCCGCGCGGCCUCUCCGUUCGAACGCCCCCGAGCGCCGCGGUUUCCCGGGCUGUCACCCGGGGCUGCCGUGUGUGGGGUGGUGCCUUUUCCCCCCUUCGCCCUGCGUCCGCUCCCGAAGGAGCCAGAGGCCAAGGGGGCCGGACUCCUGGGUUCGCGCCAACCUCAGAGCCUUCGGCGCCGGCUCGUUUUGGGGCGGAGGCCUCGCGCUUCCUAUUUCCCCGGUCCUACCACCGAGACGCUGAGCCUCCUGCUGUCCUAGAGAGGCCGCAGUCUAGGCGCGAGUGACCCGGCUCGCGUCACUUCCGGUUUCGCGCUGCCGAGCCCCGGGGUCUCCUGGAGACCCGGAGAUCGGCGGCCACAUUGCAGCCCCGGCAAUGGUGGGCCCAUUCGCGACGCUGGGGAGGUCCCGGCUCCUGCCAGGUCGCCUCCUGCCGCUUGGUUAGCUGCUCCGGUCCCGCGAGCCCUGGAGCAGUCCCUGACGAUGCUGCCGAGGCACACCCGGCCCGGGCGCGCGAGCAGUGGUCGGAGAGCGGCCAGGAGGGAACCGUGGGCCUCUCCAGGGGAAGCCGGGGAGGCUGAGGCGAGGGGUCGUCUCUGGGGAGUGAGUGAGGGAUCGAGGAAAACGCUAAAUAGGGGCUUUGCUGCAUUCAUUCGCUCCUUCAGUUUUCAGUUACCGAAAUGGAUGCCCGAGUUAAGUGUUGACGAAUAAGGGACGAAAUCAGACAAGACCCUUGCCCUCAAGGGGUUGCAGUCUAGUGGAGGAGACUAACCAGUAAAUGACACAUGCGUUAAUUUCAGGUUCGAAUUUAAUAAUAAUUUUAAAUGCCAGAAAGAAAGGAACUGGGUGAAGCAACAGAAGACGAUAGAAACUUCGUCAUCAGAGAAGGCCUGGUGCUCCAGGAGCUGAACUGACAGCCCUGGUGGAAGUGAGGGAAGGAGAGGGGGCAGGAGGUGAGGCUGGAGAGGGGAGACUAGGGGUAGGAGUGUAAGCAGGGGACUUGUUAGGUGAUUGUGCCCCGACAUUACUUCUUGGUGUUCCGUGGAUGGUGGAGAAAGAGCAGGUCACCAGGCUAGCACAGCCUUUCUAUGACAAAUACCACACAAUAGGUUGGCUUAACAGGAAUUCACUGGCUCACGAUUUGGAAGGCUGGAGGCAAAAUCAAGGCAUCAACAAGGCGAAGUCUGUAGCAUCCUGGUGCCGGCUUGCCGCAACCCUCGGAUUCCGUAGUUUGCCCUCUUCCUCCCUUCCCGUGGCCGUCUCCCUCUCCUUGAGUCAGCACAUCUGUUUUCCGCUGACUUCUGGCUCCUCUUUAUGAGUCCUCUGAUAACAGGGAUUAAGAGCCACCCUGACUCAGUUGGGCUUCACAUUAACUAAAAAUGGCAUCUUGACAAGGUCCUAUUUACACAUAAAUUCACACCCACAGGAAUGCAGAUUAAAAUUAAGAUCGGAUUAAGAUAAAGGUCGAGAUACAUAAUUCAGCAGCCGGCAUGAACCCAUGCUUCCACGUCAGCCUUUGACCUGUCAGGUGGGCUUCCUGCCUGGGUUGUUCCAGGCCAGCCACGAAGGUUGCCACAAACAAUAGGCCACUGACUCAAACAGAAAUGAAACAAAUUGAGUUCAAAUCUUCCAGGGAAAAUGGGAAAGAGGGCCAGCAGCCUGGCUUCUGCAGUUUGGCAGCUGCUCCACAUGCACCUGCUGACCACUCCCUUCUGCCAGGUUGGGAACCAGGGUGAAUAGAUGGGACAGGCACAGCCCCGGCCUCUCAGAAGCUCGGAGUGAAGUAUACGGGCCAAAUGAGAACGUUACAGUGAGGGGGAUGGCUGCCAUAAAGUGCCUCAGUUCAGGUGAGAGAAGCAGCUGGGCAGUGUGGCUGGAGAGUCCGAGUGAUGGUCACCUGAGGACACUAGAUACUUUGCUUGCUUUGUGUCUCAGCCUGCUGGAGAAGCAGCUUAUGAAGGGCUGGGACCGUGUUCUUAUGUAUUCUUCAUUAGGCCACAUUUGUUAAUUGUGCUAUUUGGCUAUUCGCCGUCCUUCUUGAUUUUUUUACUGCUCCAUCAGCUACUGUAGUGAAGUCCCUUUGGGAAAGUCUUGAAAGAAGAUUUAUAGUGUGUCCUCACAGCAAUGGUGUGGGGGUCUAUCCUCAAGGGAACCAGGACUCCCCAUCAGUAAAGGGUUUCUGGUUCUGUGAAUUGAUUUAAGUCUGGAAACUGGUGAGUGGCCAGACUCUCCAUGGUGGGGAUGCAAGUCAGGUUUUUGGCCCCCCAAAAUAGUGCCAGGUUGGAGGCUCAGUAUUGGGCCCUGCUAUUGGCAGAUCAGACUCUCAGAAGUGGCUGUAGCCAGGUUGGCCUUGGCUAGUGGAAGUCCCUGAUGCUGAGCCCAUAUGGAGCCUUCAUUGCUGGUGCCAUGGCCAUUUUGUUUGCGUCCAUUGGGCAGUCUUGGAAGCAUCCAGGGAAGGAGGCUGACUGACGUCUAUAGAUCAGGGCACCCUAUCCCCUUGAUUAUUAGAAUCCUUUUCAGUUGAGGUCACCCUGUAUUUAGCAUUCACAUGGGACACCAAUAUCUUUACAUACUGUGUAAAUGUAAAGAAAGAAAGAUAAGGAAAGACAUCCUUGUGACCAGUUCCCCAAUCAUGUUCCUUCCAAGACCUGGACUAUCCAGUCCAACCAUUAGCCACGGCCCAUGAAUCUUUGUAGACCCCUAACCCUGGCCAUUUCUCCUUUCAGCCAAGAUGAACACAAACAGGUGCACUUGAAGUUCUGCCCACCAGGAAGAUUUCCUUUCACCACUGUUCUCCAGGGCCACCCACUUUGCUAGCAAACCAAGACCAGGUUUCUUCUUCCUCACUCAACAGGCUCCAUAGCUAGAAAAAUAAGGCAGUGUAGCAGCAGCAGGGUCCAUGAGCAUUGACCACUUCCUCAUGAAACUUACUUUUGCCUUCAGGAGCUGUUCAAGCCUAGUCUCGUAGCUGCCACUUCCAUGGAGUGCUGGAUGCACACCCAAGUGUAUGGCUUGGUGGGUCAGACAAUACUCACUUUUUGAUGGACAUCUCAGGUCACACAGUAACUUGGCAGCCCAUGAUCCAGUGUUCAGUCUUUACUGAGGCCCAAAACUGUUUCUCAAAUGGCUUUGCUUCAGAAUUCUAAGGGUCUAUGUUGUGAUUCAUCUCUAGUGGCUUGCAAAAGGCUCCAUAGAGCAUUCCCUCUAGCAGCCACUGACAUGUCAGGCACUACCAAAUCUGUUGGGUGGUAGAGCCCACACAGCAAAGCAGCCCACCCAAAACUGGCAGAUUUUCAGAUCAUUCAGCAAAUUGCUCAAGCAGCAAUAUAGGAAGGUCUAUGUGGGAUGGAAUUAAGAUCUGCCAACAGCCAUGUGAGUGAGACAUCUCCCAAAUGGUCCCUCCAGCUCCAGAUGACUGGAUCAACGGGUGACAUCUUGUCUGCAAUCUCUUGAGAGAUGCUGAGCCAGAACUACCCAGCUUAGCUGCUCCCAAAUUUCUGACUCAUAAAAAUUGCUGGGGUAAUCCAUGUUUACUGUUGUUUCAAGCCACGGUGUUUUCGGGUAAUUUGUUCCAGAGCAAUAGGUAACUAAUACAUUGAUACAUUGGUCAUUUGUAUUCUUUUGUGAUUCUGGGGCAUUUGAAACAUAAGUACUAACUCUUCAUUAAAAGUAAGUACUUUUGAAA